CUCUUACCUACGGCCCUCCCCAGCCCACACACCACGUCAAAAACACCAACCCGUACGCCAUCUGCAAAAAAUAAAACACUAAAAACUCUCACUAACCUUAACACUCCCCCCUCCCUAAAAAAAAAUAAAAAAAGAUAUUAUUUCUUUUAAAAACACGAGAGAACGAAAGGAAAAAAAAAAAAAAAAACCAAGCUUGGUUUUCAGUUUGCUUCCAAAUGCAAAACCCCUAUAUUCAUCGGAGGGGACGCCAAGGUCCACCGUUAACGAUCGUUCCCUUACCCGGCCAGGUGUCAUUUCGUAUUAUCUGCCACGUUUCAUCUAUCGGAGGAGUCAUCGGGAACUCCGGCGCCGUUGUUUCUCAAAUUCGCCGCGAGACUACCACCCGAAUCCACUGCGAAGAAUCGGUUCGCGGCUCGGCUCACCGGGUUAUAUUGAUAGUGGGGUCGGGGUCGAUCAAGAGACGGUUUGGUUUGGAUGAGGGAGAGGAAUGUGACGUGUCGUGUGCUCAGGAAGCAAUGAUUAGGGUUUUUGAGCGCGUGUGGGAAGUGGAAGCCGGGAGAGAGUCGGGAAACGCUUGCGAUGGGGAGGAAGAAGAAGCUUACUGUGGUCUGCUGGCUGAUACGACACAGAUUGGUGCCGUUGUGGGAAGAGGAGGGAAGAAUAUUGUGAGAAUGAGGACAGAGAGUGGAGCUAAAAUUAGGAUUUUGCCGCCGCCGCUAUGUGGAAGAAAAAAUGACGAAUUAAUUCAGAUAACUGGUGGCACUUUGGCUGUCAAGAAAGCGCUGGUUGCUGUAUCUAACUGCCUUCAAGCUUGCCCACCCUUGGACAGAGAGCCAACACCUAUGACUACACCUACUGAGCUACCUUCACGUGGGACCUCCCCUGAUCCACACAAAGAAUUUUUUCCACACCUUAGUUCGUUGUUGCCACCUAUGCCUGCAAAUUCUGUAAGUGCUGCUUCAAAUGCCCACUUUUCAUCUAUGGAUGCUGACAGAGAUUCCAACCUGGAUUCAAAUGGUACACAAAAAGAAGUUGUCUUUAGAAUGCUCUGUUCCAAUGGUGCUGCCGGGGCCAUCAUUGGUAAGAGAGGGGCUAUAGUCAGAGCUUUGCAAAAUCAAACAGGUGCUUCUAUAAUGUUUGCGUCCCCAGUAACCAAGUCUGGGGAGCGUGUUGUCACCAUUUCUGCAUUGGAGAACCUUGAAUCAUGGUAUUCUCCUGCACAAAAUGCUGUUAUUCUUGUAUUUGCAAGAUCUGUUGAGGCUGACAUUGAAAAAGGACUUCCAUCUGGCCUGAGUAAGGGUACUGCUGUAAUUGUUAGGCUUCUAGUUGCAUCAGACCUAGUCAGCUGCUUGAAUGACAAAGUAGGCAGGGUACUUUCUGAGAUUGUAGAAGUCACUGGUGCUGAUGUACAAAUAUUGGAUGAGGACCUCUCACUGGACCAUUCCCCAGAUAAUGUAGUACAGAUUACCGGUGAGUAUAAAACUGUGCAGAAUGCUAUCUUUCAAGUAACUAGUAGGUUAAGGCAUAAUCUAUUGCCUCCUGAAGUGCUGAAUAAAAUUAGAGUGAGGAAUUGCUAUGAAAAAGUAAGGGAGACAGGUCUGCCUCAAGUGCAGCAACCAACAAGCUCAUCAUUGGUUAUUGAUCAAGUACCUAAUUUAGCUCAAAGAAUACCCCCUGCGCUUCCAGACAAUAUUGAUGGUUCUCUACCUGUAAAAAUGCAGCCAGAACAGUUUCAGACUGCACGAAAUGGGUGUAUGGUAGCCACCCAAGAUGUUGAACGAGGCUCAGCUACCUUUGGAAGGAGUUUAGACCUUGAGAGGUCACUGGAUUUUCUACUUCCACGUGAAGUGCUCAACGAAGCGGGAGGAAGGAGCCCCUACAAAGGAGGGAGUAAGACUACUUUUUCUGGUUCACUUCAAUCAUCAGGUGUGUCUCUUGAUUCUGACCAAAAGAAUGCUUUAACAAGAGCAAUGGGUAAACUUGGGCUCUCUGACAGUGUAGGCUGCCCGCCAAAAUCUCAGCUUUUAGAGACUGUGAGAACAGGACAUGGGCUGGCCAAUGCAGAUGUUAGAGGGAGUCUAGAACUUGAAAGCGGUAAGAAAUCUGCUGUUGUGAAAAAUACAAGUGUAGAGAUUGUGGUUCCUGAAGAUGUUUUUGGCUCUAUUUACGGCGAACAUGGCUGCAACCUUGCUCGUCUCAAAGAGAUUUCAGGUGCAAAAGUUGAAGUUCGCGAUCCUUGCCCUGGUGAAAGUGAGGGGAUAGUUUUUAUUUCUGGGACCCCAGAUCAAACCCUGGUAGCACAAAGCUUGCUUCAAGCCUUCAUCCAAGCCAACCUGUAAUCAACAUCACCAGAUAGUUGAUCUCACCUUUUGCAAUCACAUUAAUUGCGUCGGAGAUGAUGUGAUUUUGUUGCUUGCUACAAUCAUUGUUCGUGACUGUCUGGGCCAAGGGAAUUACUUUAUCCCACAUCUAUCAUAGUUCCAUGUAGAGUACACGUAGAAAAUUGACGACAGAGAGUAUAGGAGUGAUUGUUGAUACGAAAAUUAUUAACAAACUUAGCAAAUAUCUUUAAAACAAAGAUCAAAUCAUAUUCUUGUAGAGUUGUUUUUCUCGAAGGGAACGGUCUUGUAAAUGUCAAUCAUCGAACUGUAAAUAUUCAGCAUUA